UACUAGCCAAUCCCUUGGUCGCUUUCUGCUUUUCUCAGUGACGACAGAGGUCGACCUCCUAACAUAGCGCGGCACAAUUGGCCGACUUGUGCUUGCGACGACGUGACGACACUUUUGGCAGCGAAAGCUAGGGAGGGGGGAACUCGAAUGGAAGACAGCGGCGCAGCCAAAACGAGUCAGUCGAGUUUGAAAUAAAUAAAUAAAAAUAGACAGAAUAGAACUUUGGAAACAAACUUUGUAUCUUCCUGGAGGCAUAUUUCUCGUCGUAGUCAUCGAAAGGAUUACCGCUGCCGUCGCUGGAAAUAGUUCCCGGUUUGUUUAUAUUGUGGGAGGAAGCCGAGAGUGAAGGAGGCCCCGUAGGGUGCGAUUGUAAAGAAGCUGCCGCCUCGGAGUGUGAGUGAGAGAAUAUGAUACACACAUCAUAAUGACAUCAAGAUUUGGUAAAACCUACAGCCGGAAGGGUGGGAACGGCAGCUCGAAGUUUGAUGAGGUCGUCUCCAACAAAAGAGCCACCCUCAGUACCAAGUGGGGGGAGACCACCUUCAAGGCACAGGUGGGAUCAAAGAGGCCCAACUUCAAGCCAGAGGUGACUGAGGUCCCCAAAAGGGUAAAGUACACAGAGCCAGAGACGUCUGAAGAUCCAUUCGGCUUUGACAGUGAUGAGGAUUCCAAGCCUGUCACCUCCCGCAGUGUUGCACAGGCCAAGGCACCAUCCGGUAAGCAGGCUGCAGAGACUGUGACGUCUGAGAACUUUACCUCCGUCUUUGAGGCCGAUAGCAGGAUUAUCCAGCCUAUCAGCAAGGAUGCUGUUGCCACCGGUAGGAUAUCUGCCUUUGACGCAGCUGUGCACGGGAUCAAGGAGAAGAGUACAAACAAGAUUCCAGAGGAAGGAAACAGUGUCUUCAGUAGCUACACCACUGCAGAGAAGACACAACAGAAAUGGUCAAAUGAAGGCACUGAAAAGAACAGCUACUCCUGGUACAAGAAUGCAACAGAGAGCGACAAAAAGCCCAGUGCUCAAACAACAACACUGAAGACAGAGACUAAGGACUCUUUAGAUAGCUGGCAGUCGAGUGCAGGUUUCAGGUCGGACUCCCCCAACCCCGAGACCAGCAAAAGCAAAGAGUCCACAUGGACUGGUAGCACAAAGCAAGGGACAGAGGCAAACUCCGAGAGCAAAGUGGAAGAGCCUGCCUCCCACCUUGACAGUGACUUUUCUCUGACAUCGCAAAGUGAUCAGGCUGGCGGUGGAGACCUUGAAAUCCCCAUGGAGCCAGCUGAAGCAGAAGUCGUCUCCCAAUCCGUUCUCAGGCUUUCCAACUGCAGGACAUACCGCCGGCCCAACAAGGGCAAGCAGUCUUCCCCUUCAGACAACUCUGAUAAGCUAACCGACAGCACAGGCCAGUCAUCGACCAAGACUAACAGUGUGGCCGUCAAACCAGCUAGCACGGGAAGAGGGAGGACUAGAGACUACACAGUGCUGCACCCGUCAUGUCUGUCUGUAUGCAAUGUCACCAUCCAGGACACCAUUGAGCGGAGCAUAGACGAGUUUACCACAGCCACCCCGGCCGAUCUGGGGGAGGCUGGGCGACUGAGGAAGAAAACAGAGAUCGCUGCUGCAGCCAAACCACCCAGAUUCCGGCCCACCCAAAACAAGUCAAAGAAAGCUGCAAAACUGGAGUUUUUUGGGUUUGAUGAAGAGCAUGGAGGCCAAGGAAUUGAGGGAGACCCCACAGCCUCAGGCAGUGCAAAUUACAAAAUCAAAUACUUUGGCUUUGAUGAUGUGAGUGAAAGUGAAAGUGAUGAAGAGGAGGGGUCCCUGGCGUCCGAAAAGAGGAAGGCGAAGAAGAAAAAGGCAGCAGCAGCACCCAGCGCAGCUGCUGCAGCCUCCAUGACUUUGUCCAGCUUGCAGCUCUCCUGCAUGGGGGAGAGUGAUUCUCAAGAUAGCCAGACCAGCACCAAUACAGACAUUCUAGAUUUCCAAGAUGAUUCCUUCCCAACAGUAUCUGAAGUGACAAGGAGGCCAGCGAAUCAACAGUCGGACAAAGCCAAGGAGAGCACCAGGAAGAUUUUCAGUGGUCCCAAGCGAUCUCCCACUAAAGCUGUAUACAACGCCAGACAUUGGAAUCGGCCAGAGCCUGAGGAGCUACCACCUCCCCCGCUGUCGAGAUUUCAUAGUGCUCCGGCCAGUAUAUCGACAAAGGAGACAACUGCCCAUAAAGAUGAUGGGUUAUUUAAGGCUCCCCCACCACCUCCCAGAGUGAUCAAGUCUGUGACAAUGCCCACCCAGCCCUACCAAUACAUUGUUACUGCACUGAAAUGUAGGAAAGAAGACAAAGAGUUAUACACUGUUGUCCAGCAUGUAAAGCACUUUAAUGAUGUGGUGGAGUUUGGAGAAAACCAGGAGUUUACGGAUGAUUUUGAGUACCUACAGACAGGUUUGAAGAGCAGUCAGCCCCUCAACACACGCUGCCUUAGUAUUAUCAGCCUGGCUUCAAAGUGUGCCAUGCCUAGUUUCCGAAUGCACUUAAGAGCCCAUGGGAUGGUAGCUCAGGUCUUCAAAACGCUAAACGAUGCCCCUCAGCACCCGAAUCUGGCAUUGUGUACUGCUUCGCUGAUGUACAUCCUGAGCAGGGACCGGCUGAACAUGGAUCUGGACCGAGCCAGCCUGGACCUGAUGAUUCGACUCCUGGAGCUGGAACAGGACUCCUCUGUAGCGAUUCAACUCAAUGAAAAGGAGAUAAAUAAAGUUAAAGAGAAGAUUCGUAAGCUCUGCGAAACAGUACACAACAAGCAUCUAGAUCUAGAGAACAUUACGUCAGGACAUUUAGCCAUGGAAACACUGUUAUCGUUGACCUCCAAAAGAGCAGGGGACUGGUUCAAAGAGGAGCUGCGGUUACUGGGUGGUCUGGAUCACAUUGUAGAUAAAGUAAAAGAAUGUGUAGAAAACCUGAGCCAUGAGGAUGAUGAAGAGAAUUUGGUUGCUUCCCUUAGGGGAGCUGAGAGGUGUUUACGGGUUCUGGAGAGUGUGACUGUUCACAACCCUGAGAAUCAGAGCUACCUGAUUGCCUACAAAGAUUCCCAACUCAUAGUCUCUUCAGCAAGAGGGCUGUGGCACUGUGAAGAGAUGAUCCAGCGGUAUAACCAUGUAGCCAGUAGCCUGGCUUCUGCAGAUGGCAAAUCCCUACCGCACCGUAGCUCCUCAGGGAAUGUGGGAAAAGCCGUGGAGGACUGCAUGAGAGCCAUCAUCGGAGUCUUACUCAACCUUACCCAUGACAACGAGUGGGGAAGCACAAAGACGGGGGAGCAGGAUUCUUUCAUAAUCACAGCAUUGCACUGUGUACUGCGGGUCCCACAGUACCUUGCUCAGGAACAGAGAUUUGACAUCAGAGUGCUGGGACUUGGCUUGCUGAUCAACCUGGUAGAGUACAGUGCCAGGAACAGGCACUGCCUGGUGGAGAUGCAGAUGGACUGUGAGCCCUUCGAAACGAUCUGCGUUGCAGAGGGAGAGGAGCUCAAAACAGAGGGGUCUAUGAGUGCCAUUGCAGCCUUGGUACAGCUGUUCCUUCAGCGAGAACGUGCUGCCGUUCUGGCAGAGACAGAGACGGACGAUUUCAUUAAUGACGCACCCAAGCCUCAGCUGGACCAGAGCGGGGAGUGGCAGGAGACCAGCGGAGAGAUCCAGUGGGUCGCAUCCGAGAACCAUAUCAAUAGCAAUACAAACGAGAAGGAGAAGAAAGAGGAAGAGGAUGAGGAACUCGACCUGAACAAAGCUCUUCAACAUGCUGGCAAACAUAUGGAGGACUGCAUUGUAGCUUCGUAUACUGCACUGUUACUGGGCUGUCUUUGCCAAGGGAGUCCUAUGAAUGUGACUACUGUGAGGGAAAUUUUACCUAAAGGAGAUUUCUCAAUAAUGACAGAAAUGCUUAAAAAAUUCUUAAAUUUCAUGAACCUUACGUGUGCUGUUGGAACGACAGGACAGAAGUCCAUCUCUCGGGUGAUUGAUUAUUUGGAGCACUGUUAGAGCACUUGGCUUUAGCUGGAUCAUGCAGGACCCGACCAGAGGAGUGCAAUGGGGAAAGAAGCCAAGACAUACAAACACAAACUGGCCCAUUUGUCAGUCAUAAGCAUCUCUUUGCAGCAAACUUAAGCUUUGAUGUCUGUCAGGCUUGCACUCUAUUGUGUGUUUUAUUUUCAUUUGUUUGAUUUUAAACUGGCAAGUACAAUGGUCUGCGUUAAACAGAAACCUGUAUGUGAGGCUGCAGACUUUCUAUUAUAGUUUUUAUAAAAAUAAGUGAGCUGUUCUGGCAAGCUAUAGGCCAUUUAAAGUUAUCUGCUUUCAUGACUCCUAAUCACAUCUGCCUCAAAUAAAUAGUUUUUGGAAAAGCUUAUCUCAAUGUUGCUCUACAAAAAAAAAAAAAAAAAACUGCAGCAGUUUCAGCUAAACUCCCAUUGCUGCUUAGCUGAGGCUAAUUGUGGAUCAUUGCUAGAUUAGCACGGUCUCAAAAACUUUUGUUUAUUUGUCACAGCAUGAAUUAUAAUUUGGUUAAUUUUAAGGGGGAAAUGCAGGGGUAAAAUACCAAAUAAUUUGACAUGGGGGGGGUGGGGUGGGGGGGUUCACUGAAGUGCCUAAGUAUACUGUGUCUCAGCUAGUUUGGCAAAUUUGACAUCUAACGAAAUUGUUGCCAAAGGCAGAAAGAGGAAAGCUUACAGCCGAACUGUACCAAAGCCAUUUGCUUACUUGGUAUUACAGUUCCUUUUUUUUAACCCCAAACCAUUUAAAUUAAGCCAUUAUAUUAUCUAGAAUGUUUAUACAAAUAUAACUAGCUUUCUCUACUUUCAGUGGGUGUGAGGGGGCCAAAAAUAGAUUUUGCUCUCCAGGUGCAGUUGUUUUGUAUUGACUUGUAAAAUGGCAUAUUUCAGUAGUUAUGGUUCAACAUGCAGCUAACAGCAGUGGUAGGUGUUGACCCACUGAAAGGAUUUUCAGUUGCUUUGGUGGAACAAUAAAGCAGUUGAUCUAUCAGACCGUCGCAUUGAUUGGAGUUCUUUCUUGGCAGAUAGGGUUUCAUUAUAUGGAAUACAUUUGUCACAACAUGGCUAUUCCAAUUAAGUUCUUUGUUCCAACCAUGUCCAUCAUUUUUAAACCUUGGUCAGUCAUAAGACAGUAAUGAAAGGAACCAACGUAAAGAUGCACAGUAUCUUAAGCAAGUCUGCGACUCCCGUCACUUAAGAGGUUGAAUAGUAAGUAUUUGUUCAUGAAAUAUAUAGUAGUACAGCUGGCAGUAUUUUUUCCAGUUUUAAAUUUUGUUGGUAAAACCCAUAUACCCUGGUUUAAAGGAAAAGGUCUCUUAAUUAUAGUUUCCAUCAAUGCAGAGUGGUAUGUUCACAGGGGUGUUGUAAAUUGGUUAAGAACUUGGUUUUAAAUUAAAUAAGAAAAGAAACACAGCAGGACUGUAAACCUUGUUUUAUGAACAUGCCUAUUUUAAUAAAGCACUUAGAGUUCAAGGGAUUGCAUUGAUUCUGUCCCAAUUUUAUUUUUUUCUUUUUAAUUGAAACUAAAUAAUUUAUCCGGAUGGUUCAGAUAUUGGGGAGCUUAUCCCAAAAUUGUUACAAUUAGAAUAGAGCUAAUGUCAAGAGUUACUAGUUCUUGACUUGGUCAUGCUUUUAUAAACCCAAGUAAUUCUAUAGAGAACUGUGUUGUGCAAAACUAUAAUUUAAUCCCCCCCCCCCCAUAUAAUGUCUUUUCAUAUAUCCACAUAGAAUUAUUUAUCCCCACUCUCCCCCAGCAAAUGUAAAAUGUUUUUCAUAUUCUGCUAUACCUUAAAAUAGGAGCACGGUAAAGUUGUUAGCAUGGUUAGUUGAGUUUAGAAAAAUGCAAAUCUCAAAUUCUCUAUUAAAUCUGUUUUCAGAUACUGCAUAUCCUAGCAUGUUCAUUUGUUGUAUUCAUGAGCUACUGGUUUUCAGAUUGGUGUGUGUUCUGGGGGAUGGGAAGAGGGUUAAAAUGUACUGGAUCUGGAGUGAGCAGAUGUGGCUUUGUUUUUGUGUUUUCCCCCUCCCUACUGUAUGUUUAACUUGCAUUGUUUUUACAAUGCCAAGGUAUAAAGAAUAAUUUUAUUUGACUUUCUUAUUAACUAGAAACCCUUUUAAGCUGUUAAACCUCUUGUAUUUAAGCAAUGCAAAUUUUGUUUGAAAAACAAAAAAUUCCAGCCAAGGUCAUUUUUUAUUUUUUUUUUAUUUUUUUGCAGUCAUUACUUUUGUUACAUUUUGCAAAGUAUACAAGAGGUCUAUUUGCAAUUCUAAAUAAAAUAAAAACCUUUGUAAAUAGUUCUGUAAAUAUUGACUAUUGGAAAUUAGAAUGGUAGACUACUUUUCUGAAUCCAAUCCUAUUUUUUAUUUUAUACCGUAUUUCUCAGUUGUGUUCUUUUGAAGUAAAACAAAAAAAAGCCAACUGCAGGAUAAAAAAAGUCCAAGUUUGUACCAGUUUCAAGAAUUGUCUUUGGUUACCUGUAAAUACUUUUAACUCCAAUAAAAAUUGCUACUUUCAGUACA